CACUAGAUAUAAUUUUAUUUUUUUUACUAGUGGGUGCAGGACACUAUAGUUCAUUUAUAUAAGUGAGGAUGACAUAUUAUACCCAAAAAUUCUUCAUACAGUGGACUACAAGUAAAAUUGAUAAAAAUUUGGAACCAAAAAUUAUUCAGAAACUUUGACCUGACCAUGUUUUGACCAUGUGUUAUCUGACACAAUUAAGAUUAAUUUUUUCUUGUCAUAUUUUAUUACUUUUUUUUUUUUUUUUUUAAUGUAUAUAAAAAUAUACAUUUAUAUAUAUAUACACACUGUUACAUCAGACUAUAAUGUAUGUGUACAUUAAUGUAUGUGUAAAAUAAUAUGUGUGUGUCUAUCAGUAAUGUUGUCUCGCCAUCACUAUUUUAGGGUGUUCUGGAUGGUUGCAUUGUUAUACGGUUGCUAAUGUGUUCUGUGUGAUUUUUUUUUUUUUUUUUUUUUUUAGCACAUUGCUAUGUGGUUGCCAAGGUGUUUUGGGUGGUUGCUAGGUGGUUACUUACUGGCUUAUGUCAAAAGAUCCCACCCUGAUAUUCUGGUCUCAUUCCUUGCUUUGGUGUAAUAUUUUGCCAUCCACUCCUUUUGUGAAGCAACAGAACACAAACUGCUCAAUUUGAGGUAUCAUGCAUGUCUGUCGCACAACUGUUGUGAGAUGAAGUUUAAUACUUUAGGUUAGGAAGCAUCGCUAAUUACCUAUAGACCAAUUACCUGACAUUCCUUUGCCUGCUAUUGGAUUUCAUUAUUGAUUAAUUUCUUUGGUUUCUCAUGAGCUUCUACUCAUCCUUUAUCUAUUAAGGGACUAAGUUUCAUCCCAACGAAACCCAAUCUUUGGCCCUCUUUGCCCUCCAAGAAUGCACAAAACGGAAACCGCUGUCAGCAUCAAAACGGGCGUCUCAUGUUUCCGAACCUCCCCACAUGGACAGGGGUGUUAUGACCUAGAGCCCGCUUAGACAGCACCACCUUCACUCGAAACAAUCCAGACUUCGUAGAGGUUCAAUUUAGCUAGCUAGAUCACCAUUUAGUCCAUUACAAUGGGUUCAGCUGAAGAGGACGAGCAGCCCCGGCCAUCAGACAUCACUGUUUUCGGAGCCAACUGCACCCUUCAUGGGCUGAGCCACAUCUUCCUGCCUGGAGGAGUAACGUUUAGACGUCUGCUCUGGGCAGCAGCGUUCCUCUCCUCGCUGUCCAUCUUCCUCUACCAGGUGGCCGGAGCCGUGAUGGACUACCUCAGCUAUCCUCAUGUCACCAUCCUGGAUGAAAUGGACAGUCCCGUCAUGUACUUUCCAGCCAUCACUCUCUGCAACUACAACAGCUUCAGACGUUCCAAAAUGAUCCGCAAUGAUCUCUUCUGGAUGGCGGGAUUGCUCGGUGUGGAGCAAAGUGACUUUGAUGACUUCAUGGCUGCCCUGGGACAGCCACCGGACGACAGCAAGUUCUUCCCCAGCAAGACCUUCAACAUGCUGGAGUUUGUGCAGAGGACCAGCCACAGCAUUGAUGAAAUGCUGCUGGACUGCAAGUAUCGUGGAAAGGACUGCGGUCCAGAGAACUUCACAACUGUGAGUAAAGGUGGACAGAGAUUCACUGAAUGGACAGUUUUUAGGCAUUUGAACCACUUUUGAUAAGGUGUUUGACUGUUCCGUUGG